AUGUCUUCCGAAGCGAGCCAGGACACCCAACAUCAGCAUCAUAUAUCCGGAUCAAAGCACCUACCGACCAGCAACCCAAAGCUGAUCAUUCUGUCUUUGCUCUCUAUCGUGACAGCCGUCCUAAUCGCCCUUUUUUGGCGUGACACAGCCAAUCUGUCACCCUUCCGACGGUUUUUCGGCGCCUCGUCACGCGCCGCUCGCUCCGCUGGUGCACCACUCUCUGCGUCGGCAUCUAUCGCCACGGCGAGUACUGCGAAGGCAAGCAUUAGCUCUGAACUGGGAGAUCUGCCUAGCGCCAAUAUGAAGACGCCUGUGUAUUUCCUCAGCCAUGGCGGGCCGAACGUCAUGUAUGACACGGAGCAUCCAGCGUAUAGGAAGUUAGGCGAGAUCGGGCGCGAGAUUACAACCAAGGUUAAGCCACGUGCUGUGGUCGUGUUCUCUGCGCAUUGGCAGGGUGGCCGGGAUACCAUCUAUGUCAACACAGCCGAGAUGACCGAUUUGAUUUACGACUUCUACGGCUUCCCUGAUCACUACUACAAGGAGAAAUAUCCCAAUGUGGGCAGCAAGGAAGUGGCGCAUAAAGUGCUUGAUGCGUUGAAGGCAACAGGCAUUGAGGCACAGGGCGUAAAGCGCGGUCUUGACCACGGAGUUUGGGCAAGCUUCAAGUGCGCCUUCGAGCCUGAGUCGAACCCCUUGAAUGUCCCCGUUGUGCAGGUCUCCCUUUUCAACACGGAGGAUCCGGAACAGCACUAUCGGCUGGGCCAGGCGGUCGCGAAACUGCGCGAGGAGAACAUCUUGAUUAUUGUUUCUGGAAUGGCGGUGCACAAUCUGCGUGAUUUGCGGUUUUCGUUCGGCAAUUCGCGCCCGAUGCCGUACACAGUUAGCUUUGACGAAGCCCUGAAAGAAGCAGUGACCAAGUUGCCUGCCGAGCGAGAAAAAGCAAUGGCUGAUCUCUUGAAGCGGCCAGAUGCUCGCCAGGCCCACCCGACCUUCGACCACUUGCUUCCCAUCCAUAUUGGCGCCGGAGCUGCUGGGGUAGAUCUGGGAAAGCGGCUCUGGACCUUGAAGGAAGGUAGCAUGAGCUGGGCGCAGUAUCGGUUCGGAGACCUGUCCAAUAAUUCUAGUUCGCUAUAG